AUGCUUACGAUGGUGGUUUGGCAAGGCUCACGCAAAUUGGGGUUUAGCGGUGGCUACAAUGUACCGCUGGAAGCGAAUCCGUUCGUCAGUGAGCUAAAGGUUUUGGAUUGUGGUGAUAUUCCUGUGACGUCGUACGACAAUGCUUGGGCCAUCCAGCAGAUUGAAGAAGGACAUAACAGCUUGCUGAUGCGCAAGCCUUUCACCAAUGCGGAUGCUGAAGGAUUGUCCAGGGCCGGAAAGACUCUGCCGCGGAUUAUCACGCUGGGUGGUGAUCAUACCAUCACACUGCCGUUGCUGCGCAGUAUCAACAAGGCCUACGGGCCCGUGACUGUGAUCCAUUUUGACAGUCAUCUGGACACAUGGAAGCCCAAGGUCUUUGGCGGCUCGCCUAGUCAGGUUGCUGCUAUCAACCACGGAACCUACUUCUACCACGCUGCCAUGGAAGGUCUCCUGAAGAACGACACCAACAUCCAUGCCGGCAUCAGGACGACCCUUUCUGGUCCCUCUGAUUAUGAGAAUGACGGGUACUGCGGCUUCGAGAUCGUCGAGGCGCGUGAAAUUGAUACUAUCGGAACCGAAGGAAUCAUCAAGAAGAUCAGAGAUCGAGUCGGCACAGAGAACCCUGUCUACCUUUCCAUUGACAUCGAUACUCUGGACCCUGCUUUUGCACCUGCAACCGGUACUCCCGAGACUGGAGGCUGGUCGACCCGUGAACUGCGCACCAUCAUCCGUGGCCUUGAUGGCCUCAACUUCAUCGGUGCGGAUAUCGUCGAGGUCGCUCCAGCUUAUGAUACAAACGCAGAGCUUUCUACCAUGGCCGCUGCGGAUGUUCUUUACGAGGUUCUUACCAUCAUGGUUAAGAAGGGACCAUUGUCUAUUUCCAAGGGACAUGAGUUGUAG